AUGCAACUGAAGCCGUCUUUGCGUCGGCAACGAUCCAACUCCAUCCACGGCUACAGCGUCUGCCACGAAGGCUCGGCUGAACAAAUUGAUCACCGCGUUCAGUUUUUCGUCGAUGAAGAACACAGUAGGCUAUCAUUUAUCAUGUUGCUCAUGUUAUCCAUAACCAUUCUAUAUCUAUUCGAACUGAGCGGGGUAGUCUGUUGCGAAUUUUCUUGGUUUUGUUACACCUUUUAGGGUCUUGGCCCGUCUGUUUAUUUUUCUAUUCUUUGUUUGUGGCCAGACCUUUGCGUCAUUUUUUUUUUUGCAACAUAAAUUCAAUAUGUUUAAAAGGGCUUCUCGUGGCAAAUGAUGAAAAGUCAUAAUUGGAAGCCUCAAAAUAGUUUCUUGACAGUCUUUUUCAACUUCUUCAACUUGCGGUAGGCUUCACUUUUCAUAAAGUUUUGUAGAAUAAUCUAUUUUCUCACUUCAAAACAUGCCCCUGCUGAAGAGUCAAUUACAUACUGGUUUUUUUUCAAGAGGUGAGAGCACGUGCUACAUCGGGAAACUAUUCGGUGUUGGCAAAACUCCUAGAGGCUGGAAAAGUGUAUUGGCAACAAAGAGGGUGGAAACAAGGGCCGGUCUCAUCCGAAAAUGGGGCUCUUGCCUUGUAUCGAUUAGGGAGGCCUCGAAGAGGGCGCUUAGCUGUUAUUAUUGCAUCUACACCCUCUUCAACCAUUUCCCUUUUGAUCUGUCGCCGCUUUUUUUUCCUCUGUUCUUUUUUGAAAAAAAAAAAGUUGCAUCCAGGUCCUAGUUUAUUCACCACAAUGUUACUUGGCUUUCGCAGACACCGAUUUUCGCCUGGUUUGAAAAGUGUUCAUUAUAGUUUUCAUUUGAAAGAUGAAACUAUUGAAACAUGAAAACAUGAGAACUGUAGAAUUUCUUACUCCUUCAGACGCCCUCAAAAAGCACUAUAAAAUUCGAGAAUUUUUGUUUUUGGAUUUCUCGAGUUACCAAAAGCCGUGAAGAAAAGUGAAAGCUUUAAAGGUGCGUGGAAAAAAAAAAUGAACGGAAAGAUUGAACAAUUUUUUUUUGAUUCGUUUUUCUCACGAGAGUCGAUCUGUUUUUUUAACUCCAAAGAGCUCACCUUGUGAAACGCCUGAAAAAUUAUUUACCAAAGAGUAUAUCGUUUUUUCGAGAAAAAAAACUUUUCGUUUUUUAUCACCAAAACUUUCAAAAAUGGCAAAGAUAUUGAGUCUGAGCUUUGAAGGUGAAGCCGAUGUUUCCGGACUGAUGACGACCCUGCAGGACAAAGUCGGCUCCAUCAUCCAAGGGGGAAUCGUCGAGGGUCAAAGAUUCGCCCUCAGCUCCGAUCUCUGGCGGUACGACUUCGAAACUUUUUUACAAAAAACUGAAUAAAGCCGAAACAAACUUCCGAAACAGCUUGCUUCGGAAAGAUUUCGAAAAAGUUUUGAAGCAGUUGAAAUGGCCCCACUUUAUUCAAGAAAGAAUGAAAAUUUUGCAGAUAUGCGUCGUCGACGUCGCACUGCGAUCUUCUAUUGACGAUGAGGCCUUGCGACGACGACGUGGAGCGGAAAAAAGCCGUAACUUGGCUUGUUCAGCAGGUCUGCUCGAUUAUGGACUGAGUAAGACUGGGGUUUCAGAUCAGGGAGCAUGAGCCGAAUCUUCGCAUCGAAAUUCGGUAUCAUCGGCUUCGCGGCUGUUACGCCUUGUACCUCACCGCAGACUAUAAGAGGUCUAUUUUACUGUAGAUUUUCGAUAUUGAAAGUUAUUGUUUGCAGCUUAUUGAAAGGUGCCGAACUGUGUCAUAUCAAAAAAGCAGUGAAAAUAAAGUUUGGCGGCGGAAUGAGGGAUUUUUGCUUUGAAGAAGCUCAGUGCUUUGCUGGCGUUGAAGGCAAAAACACUUUCCUUUCUCCUAUGGAGCGCACUCUGAUUGGUUUUUUUCAGUUAAAAAAAAAGGAAAUUUCCACAUUUGCAGUCAGACAAAUGGUAGACAUGAUGCGAGCAGGUCCGAAAGGAUGCACACUAGAGCUUCCCUCCAAAAAAGUGGUUUUCACCGAAGGAAAUGCUAUCGGUUGGAUUAUUUCGGUUUCCUAUUGAGUGUAGAGGAUUCAGUGCCCCGUCUCAUGUCGGUCAGUGUUGUGGACAACGUUAUGGCGUUGCACAAUCCGGAGAUCUUGAAGCAUCUCCAGUCGCGAUGGGUUUUCUCGAUGCGUUGGUCCGAAGGCGCUGCAUAAGUCUAUUUUUGGGUUGUAGAAGAACAGCCGGUCGAGUUAAUCAAGGACUAUUUCGGGACGGAAAUCGCCAUGUACUUCGCUUGGUUGGGACAUCUGACAACAGCUCUUUGGUUUCCAGCUCUUUUAGGUUUUUCAAAUAGUUCAUUCUAUUUUUCAAUUAGUUCAUAGUUCAUCAUUUCAGGUUUGAUAAUGUCCAUUUUUGGAGGAUUCAAGUACAAGAAUCUGCCAGAAGAUAAACAAGACUUUUACCAGGUUGAACUUUUUGGUUUUUUUUUUCACACAAAUUUGCAGCUGGCGUCGGAUAUCAGUUUUGUUCUGUUCGCCUUUUUCAACUGCAUCUGGUCGACAGUUUACCUUGAGUGGUGGAAAAGAGUUCAGGCGGAGCUCGCCUUUCGAUGGGGCACCUACGACGAACAGCCUGACUCCUACCUUCAAGACCCUCGGCCAGCCUUUCAGGUCUGUUUUGUCAAGUCCCUCGUAGGAAGUUUCUUUUUCACGGAAGAAAAUGUUUUCAUGAUGAUUUUGACGUCAAUCAAUUUCGAGACUUGGACUUGCAAGGGGCAAAAUUAUGAAAUUUAAAGCUUAGAGAGCAGAGAUUUUUUAAACUCUGUAAAGAGUCCUCUAUUGAUUGAAGAUUUUUAUUUUUUUAAAUCUUUUAUUAGGUUCCAAAAAUCGAAACAAAGAAAAUAUUUUGACCGUUAUAACCUACUCUUACCAACUGACCUUUCUUUUUCAUAAAGUUCUUAAUAUUUCUUUCACUCAUGCAGAUUUUAUCGGUUUCAGGGAGACUAUUUGGCUCCUAACCCCGUGUCUGGACGCAUGGAACCAUUCUACCCAUCCUGGAAGCACGCCUUUGUCAGAUACGGUAGAGCUUCUUGAAUUUCGUCAAGUUCUUUCAUUUUCUCAUGGCUUUAGGAAUAACCUACCCGAUCACUUUAUUUUGCGUUGUUUGCAUGUUUCUUGCCAUGCUCGUUGUUUUCACCAUCCAAGACGCCGCCGAUAGGUCUGAUUGCUUCAUUCCAGCGGUUCCAAAUGAAAGUUUCAGCUACUUUGGAGAGAUCCCGGUCUUGGCUUGGAUCUGUUACGUUCCGAUGAUCGUCUACGCGCUGAUGAUCGUGGUCAGCGACAAAAUCUACCGCAGGCUAGCCCUUAUACUCAACGAUUUAGGUUCUUAUUUAUUUUUAUUCGGAGAUUCAAGCUAUUUCUAGAAAAUUAUCGGACAGAAGACGAAUACGAGGACUUUCUGAUCACGAAAAUAGUUCUUUUCCAAUUCGUCACGGCGUUUGGCUCGCUCUUCUACAUUGCUUUCGUGCUUCGUGAUAUGAAACGACUCCAAGAAGUAGUUGGACCAAGAUUGAAAAAUGAAAUUUGCAAUCUUCAGACUCUGGCCACGCUGUUGAUCACUCGGCAAAUAACGCAGAACUUGAUGGAGACGCUGGUUCCUUUUAUGAUCGAGAAGCUGAAGCUGAGCAGUCUCACCUACAAGUGAUGAUCCUCUUCAGAAACCGUGAAACGAGGGAUUUCAGAAUGACCAGGAGCAUGAGCGAUGGAACGUUGCGAAGGCAUGUCGAGAACGUGCGCAGCAAACGACUGAGCAGUCCUGAUGAGGUGAACAAAUUUCUUAUUCAGGAAAAUAAAGAGGAAAUUUUAGUCAAACAACACAUCCACAGCAGCACUUUUCACUCUAGGAACACCCACCGAUGGCGAGAAUUCGCUAAGAAACCGGAAACCAGAUUCAUCAGCACAAAUUUCGGUGAGGCACUUUAGGUUGAAAAAAAAACCAACAUGAUGAACUUAGAAAGCGACAUCUUCCACAGUGAGUGAAGAUUUCGCGAUAAAAACAGAACGUCUUCCAUUGCCAGAGUUCAAGCCUUACACCGAAGGAAGUGAGUUUCAGUCAGAAAGAAAAGAGGAGAAGUCGAGGUUUUCCCAGGUCCCGAACUGACUCAAGCAGAGCUGGAGAGCGUCAUGUCAACAUACACACGUCCCUUGGACGACUUCCUCGAAAUGUUCAUCCAGGUUCACUUUUCGUAGUUACUUUUUUAGAAGACGGUAGAUAAACUCGCGUAUCUUUAGCUCAGAAUAAAUUUUUUUUUCAAUGAUAAUAGUUUAUUUACUGACAUUAUUUAACAGAAAAUAUAAAUGAUCAAGUAAAGGAUGGGCAGCGGAAUAACAAUACACGGGAAUGAGUCAACCCCAACGAGUUGACAGGUACCCGGAAGUAUGACCAUUUUAUAGGAGAUGUUUUCAUAAAAAGCUUCAAUCGGAAGAGUAUUCAAUUUGUUACGAAGAGUUUCUGGGGUAACGUUAAAAUUUAAAUAUGAAGUUAGUUUAUUCCAAAGGGAAUAGUUCUAGAAAAAAAAGUCAUUAGAAAACUGACCAGCUGUCCGUAGUCGAAGUGGACUUCUUUGUAAAAGGGACAGAGAUAAGUAUUCAUUGCGGUCGAGAAAAUAAUCAGAGCCACAGAUGAUUUUAUGAUAUACUAGAGUAAUUUUCAGUUCGGCUACGUUCUUCUGUUCUCACCAGCGUUUCCGCUUGCUGCAUUGUGUGCUCUACUGAACAACCUGAUCGAAAUCCGUGUCGACGCCUUCAAACUCUGCAACACGGUGCAGAGGCCUUUCGGAAGACGUGUCAAAGACAUUGGCGCCUGGCAAAAGGCCAUGGAGGUUUAUAGCCUGAGUUAAAAUCCGAGAUACACACUGAUCUUAGAUUCUUGGAGUCCUGGGUGUCAUGGUUAACUGCGCUCUCAUCGGCCAGUCUGGACUUGUCCAGCGAAUCUGGCCUGACUUGAGCUGGGGAGGACAGGUAACAAUGAUUUCGGUCUAGAGAGACGAUCCGUCAAUUCAUCUCUCAGAUUUUGUUAGUCGUUGUGCUGGAGCACAUAAUUCUUGCUUCGAAAAUGAUAAUCGACCUCGCUGUGCCGGACGUUCCUCACUGGGUCCGCGUCGAGACGGCCAAGCAAGAGCACUACCGAAGAGAAGCGUUCAAGGUGAAUUUUUCAAUGAAAAACGAAGUGAUUUUUAUAAAAACAACUUGUGUAAUAGUUGGAAGUUGAACUUGUCGACAUGUAUCUCAAAAAGAAAAAUUCUGGCAUAUUGAAUGUGUGGCUGAGAGCUCUUUCGAAAUGAAUAUGAGGAAACUUCAGAAAGGAAUCUUCAGAACAAAGUUUUCCUAGACAUCUUCCGAAGGGAGUUAUCUGUUCAGAGGGAGUCACGGCUGCUCAGCGGCAAACAGACGACGGAGACUCAAGUCGUGGCGGCGGUGGCGACUCCAACCGGCGAACCUCUUCGGAGCAAACGGCGGAGCAUCACUCCGAUGGUUCGGCUCUCGAGCUUCAGAGCUCGUCGAGAGGACAACAACUGCAUCGAUUGA